AUGUCAUCAAAUCCUCCCAAUAAUUCUCAUCAAUUGCUAAUACAUCAAUUAUAUUCGUAUUUGAAAAAAAAUGGUCAUGAUGAAACAGCUUCUUCAUUAUUAUUAGAAACUAAAACUGCACCACCACCACAAUUGAUUCAAAAUAAAAAACAAAAAGAUUCCAAUUAUUCAAAUAAUUAUAAUGAUGAACAAGAUGAAGAAUUUUUACAAGAAUGGUGGUCUGUUUUAUGGAGUAUGCAAAGCGCAAUUAAUCCUCAAUUAAAUCCUGUUUUAAAUAAUAAUCUAUUAUCACCACAACAACAAAUUUUAUUACAGAAAAGAAUGAUUCAAAGGCAACAACAACAACAAGCUCAACAAACUCAACAAUUUCAGCAACAACAACAGCAACAUCAACAUUUACAACAAAUGAAUCAACAAAUGAACCAACAAAUGAAUCAGCAGAUGAACCAGCAGAUGAAUUUGCAACAACCUCCCAGACAACAACCACAACAUCAAAUCCCACUUCAAAAUAACCCGCAAUCUCAGCAACAACAACAACAACAACAACAACUGCAACAAAAACCAAAACCAGGGCAACCUCAACCAACUGCUACACAAGGUCUACAACAAAUAUCUCGACAGUCAUCUCAACAACCAUCACAACAACAGGCACCUUCCUCUCAGCAACAAACUCCAAUGACACAACCUAGUAAACCACAACAUCAGCGACAAAGAUCUCAACCUAACACCCAAGGUCGUAAAGGGUCAAAAAGUCAGAAUGCGAAGAAUAGUAAAACAACUGAAUCAACUACUCCCCACCAACAACAAGGAACACCAGUUCAAGUACCUGCCAAAACUCCAACUAAUAAAACCAAUUCUACAACUCCUCAACAACAACAACAACAAAAUCAAUCUAAUGUCAAUCAAAUGCAACAACAAGCUAGGCUACAACAAUUAAAACUACAAUUCCAACAACAAGCAAUGAUGCAACAACACCAGCAACAACAACAACAACAACAGCAACAAUCAAAUCAACAAAGAAUGCAGCAACCUCCAGGCUUUAUAUCUAAUACUCAAGGUCAAAAUCCUAUGCAAGCUUCAACUAAUAUGAUAAAUCAACCAAUACCUACGCAACAAUUAACACCUCAACAACAACAACAACAAUUGCAAGCACAACAACAACGUCAAAAUCAAGCUAAAACUACACCGUCAAACUCAUCACAACCACCACCUACAAGAAACGGUGCAACUCCUCAUAGAAACAGCCAAAAUUUAUCACCAAAACUGAAUAUUGCUAAUAACCAACCUCAACCUAAUCAAGCUCAAAAACAACCAAAUAAUCAACAGCAAGGAGCUAAAAGUAAUAUACAAUCACUUGAUGCUUAUCAAAUGACUCUUUUACAAAUGGAAAAUCAAAACAAUCUACAAAGACAAAGAUAUUUACAACAACAACACCAACAACAACAACAACAACAAAAAGAUUCCCAACAACCGCAGAACCCACAACAAAAUCUACAACAACCUCAACCUAAUUUGCAACAACAACAGCAAAAACCACCAGCUCAGCGACAACAACAACAACAACAGCAACAACAACCACUUCCACAACAACCAAUACCUCCUCAAAUAUCUGGAGACAACAGUGCUCAAUUAGAAGCAUUAUUUUCAUCAUUACCCGUUCAACAAGUUCAAAUACCACCUCAGCCACCACAACAACAACAACCUCCACCGCCACAAAAUAAUCAAAAAUUUCUACAAGAUCAAUUCAAAUUCCCAACAACAACCGACAACAACGUUAUAGAUGAUUCUUUCUUUUCAACGAAUUUAUUAUUAGAUGAUUUUCAAAAUUUACCAACUACAUCAUCAGGUAUUAAUCAAAAUGGAAUUAAUGGUCAAAAUGGUCAAAAUUUAAAUAAUAAUGGUGUCAUUAUUAAUGGAGAUGAAGUAAAAUUUGAUGAGAUUGGUGAAACUUUGGGAACUGAUUGGUUAAAUGCUAUGGGUUCGGGACCGGGAUUUGAGUAA